AUAAAACAGGAAAAACCAGAAAAUACACCUGAUUUAAAUAAUUUAGUUCAAGAAAAAUUCACUGCACUGGAGAGCAUGAACACUGACUCAGAUUUCCAAAAGAAUGAAAAAUAUAUGUAUUUUAAGGAUCAACUGAAGGAGAUGAAAAAACAAUUUCGCCGUAAAUCAGAUAAUGGUAAUGAGACCAUUGAACAAAUUGAUGAAGAUAUAGCUGUGACUCAGAGUCAGAUGAACUUUAUUUGUCCCAUUACACAGGUGGAAAUGAAGAAGCCAGUGCGAAACAAAGUCUGUGGACAUGUUUAUGAAGAAGAUGCCAUUCUAAAAAUUAUCCAGACUCGAAAGCAGCAAAAGAAAAAAGUCCG